GAAAGCCACCGAGUGUUCUUUUCAAGACAGCAAAUUUCUUAGAGGACUCGGUCUCUCUCUCUACAUUUCUCUCUCUCUCUCUCUCUCUCAAGAAAAGAAUCAUUCAUUGCUCACAAACAGAACCCCUUUUUCUAAUUUAAUUUUCUUUAUUUAUUCUAAUUUCUUUAAUUUCAUCCUUUUUAUAUUCACUCAUUCUUUAUUUCUGCCUCCCUCUCUCUCUCUCUCUACCUCUCUGUCUGCAAAGCUGUGUAUUUUAUUCAUUGUGUAAUGUGGGGUUUUUGUUUCUUGUAAUGGGUGCCUGAGAAGAUAGAGAACAUACAUAGAGAGGGAUAGAGGAAGGAGGAGGUGGUAAAGCUCUGUUUUUGGGGGGUUUUGAGUGAUGAGAAAGGCAGAGGAAGCGGUGCUGUGAAGUGGGUCUCUCUCUCUCCUCUCUUUCUCUCUCUAUCUAUUUGGGUAGAGAUUGAAGGCUCUCAGAUUGUGUAGGGUGACUGAGGGAUAUCAGCUAUGGAUACCAAAGGAAGACUUAUUGCAGGUUCUCACAACAGGAAUGAGUUUGUUCUCAUCAAUGCUGAUGAGGUUUCAAGAGUAACAUCUGUUAAAGAACUGAGUGGGCAGAUUUGCCAGAUCUGUGGAGAUGAGAUUGAGAUUACAGUGGAUGGGGAGCCAUUUGUUGCUUGCAAUGAAUGUGCAUUCCCCGUUUGCAGAUCUUGCUAUGAGUAUGAAAGGCGCGAGGGCAAUCAAGCUUGCCCGCAAUGCAAAACCCGAUACAAGCGCAUCAAAGGGAGUCCAAGAGUUGAAGGCGACGAAGAAGAGGAUGACAUUGAUGAUUUGGAGAAUGAGUUUGAUAUUGCUAGCAGUGAGAGGAGAGAUCCUCACAGCAUUGCUGAGGCAGUGCUGGCUGCUCGCCUUAACAUUGGAAGGGGUUCGCAUGUCAACGGUUCGGGGAUUAGCACACCAGCAGAGUUUGACUCUGCCUCCAUUGCCUCCGAGAUCCCUCUGCUGACCUAUGGCCAAGAGGAUGUUGGAAUUGCCUCUGAUAAGCAUGCUCUUAUUGUUCCCCCAUUUAUGAGUCGCGGAAAACGGGUUCAUCCAAUGCCAUCUUCUGAUUCCUCUAUGUCCUUUCCACCGAGGCCAAUGGAUCCUAAGAAAGACUUAGCCGUGUAUGGUUAUGGAACUGUUGCAUGGAAGGAGAGAAUGGAGGACUGGAAGAAGAAGCAAAAUGAGAAACUUCAAGUGGUGAAGCACCAAGGAGGAAAUAAUGGUGGAGACAAUAAUGGAGAACCAGAUGAUCCCGAUUUACCAAAGAUGGAUGAAGGCAGGCAGCCGCUUUCGAGGAAGUUGCCUAUUUCUUCUAGCAAGAUAAAUCCUUAUAGGAUGGUCAUCUUACUCCGUCUUACAGUUCUUGGCCUCUUUUUUCACUAUAGAAUUCUCCACCCGGUCAACAAUGCCUAUGGACUGUGGUUAACUUCUAUAAUAUGUGAGAUUUGGUUUGCCAUGUCAUGGAUAUUGGAUCAGUUUCCUAAGUGGUAUCCAAUUGAGAGAGAAACGUACCUUGAUCGAUUAUCAUUGAGGUAUGAGAAAGAAGGGAAGCCAUCUGAGUUGGCUGAUCUAGAUGUGUUUGUUAGUACUGUUGAUCCUAUGAAGGAACCUCCACUUAUCACAGCAAACACGGUCCUGUCCAUCCUUGCCGUAGAUUAUCCGGUUGACAAAGUUGCAUGUUAUGUAUCAGAUGAUGGUGCUGCAAUGCUCACUUUUGAAGCCCUCUCAGAGACAUCUGAGUUUGCACGAAAGUGGGUUCCAUUCUGCAAGAAGUUCAGCAUUGAACCCCGUGCCCCAGAGUGGUAUUUUGCUCAAAAAGUUGACUAUCUGAGAGACAAAGUUGAUCCGACAUUUGUCAGGGAACGUCGAGCCAUUAAGAGGGAGUAUGAAGAGUUCAAAGUUCGGAUAAAUUUGUUGGUUGCAACAGCACAGAAAGUUCCUGAGGAGGGUUGGACAAUGCAGGACGGGACUCCAUGGCCUGGAAAUAAUGUCAGGGAUCAUCCAGGGAUGAUUCAGGUUUUCCUUGGUCAAAAUGGUGUUCGUGAUGUAGAAGGAAAUGAAUUACCACGUCUUGUUUAUGUGUCUCGUGAGAAGAGACCGGGUUUUGAUCACCACAAGAAAGCUGGAGCUAUGAAUUCUUUGGUGCGGGUAUCAGCAAUCAUCUCAAAUGCUCCUUACAUACUGAAUGUUGAUUGUGAUCACUACAUCAACAACAGCAAAGCUCUUCGUGAAGCAAUGUGUUUCAUGAUGGACCCCCAAUCAGGAAAGAAGAUCUGUUAUGUACAAUUUCCUCAAAGAUUUGAUGGGAUUGAUCUUCAUGAUAGAUACUCAAAUCGCAACGUUGUAUUCUUUGAUAUCAAUAUGAAAGGUUUAGAUGGGAUCCAAGGGCCCAUUUAUGUCGGAACCGGGUGUGUCUUCCGAAGGCAGGCACUCUACGGAUAUGAUGCUCCUACCAAGAAAAAACCACCAGGGAAGACUUGCAAUUGUUGGCCAAAAUGGUGCUGCAUGUGUUGUGGAUCUAGAAAGAAGAACAAGAAAUCCAAGUCAAAUGAUAAAAAGAAGAAGACCAAGGAUACCUCAAAGCAGAUACAUGCACUAGAAAAUAUUCAGGAGGGAAUUGAAGGAAUAGAUAAUGAAAAGUCAUCCCUGAUUCCCCAAAUAAAAUUUGAGAAAAAGUUUGGACAGUCGCCAGUUUUCAUUGCUUCAACACUUAUGGAAGACGGUGGAGUUCCAAAGGGAACAAGUUCUGCAUCACUCUUGAAGGAAGCCAUCCAUGUCAUUAGCUGUGGCUAUGAAGAUAAAUCAGAAUGGGGAAAAGAGGUUGGGUGGAUCUAUGGUUCUGUUACAGAGGAUAUCCUAACGGGCUUCAAGAUGCAUUGCCAUGGCUGGCGAUCUGUGUAUUGCAUGCCCAAGAGACCUGCAUUCAAGGGUUCUGCUCCUAUUAAUCUUUCAGAUCGGCUUCACCAGGUGCUUCGGUGGGCUUUGGGAUCUGUUGAAAUUUUGUUGAGCAGGCAUUGCCCUAUUUGGUAUGGAUACGGAUGUGGUUUGAAAUGGUUGGAGCGCUUUUCUUAUAUAAACUCGGUUGUUUAUCCUUUGACAUCCAUCCCCUUGCUUGCCUACUGUUCCUUGCCGGCUGUCUGUCUGCUUACUGGGAAAUUUAUUGUCCCUGAGAUUAGCAACUAUGCCAGUAUCCUUUUUAUGGCUCUCUUCUUGUCCAUUGCUGCAACGAGCAUACUCGAGAUGCAGUGGGGACAUGUUGGCAUCCACGACUGGUGGAGGAACGAACAGUUCUGGGUGAUUGGUGGUGCGUCAUCACACUUCUUCGCACUCAUCCAGGGUCUGCUGAAGGUUUUGGGUGGUGUUAACACAAACUUCACUGUCACAUCCAAAGCAGCAGAUGACGGAGAGUUUUCCGACCUAUACCUCUUCAAGUGGACGUCACUUUUGAUCCCGCCCAUGAGCUUAUUGAUCAUAAACAUAAUUGGAGUCGUAGUUGGAGUUUCGGAUGCCAUCAACAAUGGUUACGAAACAUGGGGUCCUCUCUUUGGUAGGCUGUUCUUUGCCAUUUGGGUCAUCGUCCAUCUUUACCCGUUCCUAAAAGGUUUGGUGGGAAGACAAGAGAGACUUCCCACCAUCAUUGUGGUGUGGUCAAUUCUUCUGGCAUCCAUAUUCUCCCUGCUAUGGGUCCGAAUCAACCCAUUUGUGAACAAAGGUGGCAUUGUACUAGAAGUUUGCGGGCUGGAUUGUAACUGAGGUACGCACGCUAUACAGUGAGUUGUGUAGAAAAGCUGUUUGGACAGAAAGCAAGACAUGAUCCAAGUUCCAAGUGCGCGACCGAAGGAAGGUAAAGUUGUUUCAAACAGUUUCUGUUCUCAAGGAUAAAUCUUCACGGUUAGAGCAAUCGUGGGCGGUUGGUUGCGUGUAGAUACAAAGGGACUGGAUCUGACACAUGAAUUUGUUUUGCAAAGUGUUCGUUAAUUCUUUGAUACAUGGAUUUUGGAAGGGGGAUUGUAUUGAGGUCUAUCUGUAAUCCCAUGAGAAGAUAAAAGAGUUUUUCAGUGUUGAUUUAUAAAUUUCUAUUCCCUUUUUCAAUAAGGGGUUCAUAUAUAAACGUCGUCGUCUUGUGCAGUAAUUAUUGAGAACCCCUGCUGCAAUCGUAGGUCGUAUGUAUUUCUUUUUUUUGAGAUGUCCAGAAUGUGUUUUGCCAAAACAAGGCAAUUGUUCUUGUAUGUGUGCUUAUUUAGAACAACUCUCAAGCUCUCAAUAAAUGUUUGGUUUCAUUUCCUUCUGUCG